GCUAUGCUUUCUGGGUAAAGUGCUCCCCGGUAUCCGCCCAUAUUCGCUUAAAGGAGGCCAACCUGAGCAGCUAGGCCGGACGCUGGAUCAAAUGGAAAGUUCAAUCGAUUAAUUUGCCCACUUCAUGCAUGUUCCCGCUUGCUUCUGGAAAACGAGGUAGACCGACGUAAAUGCAGGCGUUUCGGUGUGAAAUAGGAAAUGCAGAGAUCGUGUGAAACGGGAGGAUUAUCAGCUUGACUUAUUUGGUCGCUACUUCGGACGCGGAACUCCACUCGCUAAAAGGUGAAUCAUGACAGAAUAUAAGCUGGUAGUGGUGGGAGCUGGUGGCGUUGGCAAGAGCGCACUUACUAUUCAGCUCAUCCAGAAUCACUUUGUGGAUGAAUAUGACCCCACCAUUGAGGAUUCCUACAGAAAGCAGGUAGUGAUUGAUGGAGAGACAUGUCUGCUGGACAUCCUGGAUACUGCAGGUCAGGAAGAGUACAGCGCCAUGAGGGAUCAGUACAUGAGGACAGGAGAGGGCUUCCUCUGUGUCUUUGCCAUCAACAACACCAAGUCCUUCGAGGACAUUCACCACUAUAGAGAGCAGAUUAAGCGGGUGAAGGACUCGGAGGACGUCCCUAUGGUGUUGGUGGGGAACAAGUGUGACCUCCCGUCCAGGACAGUGGACACCAAGCAGGCUCAGGACUUAGCACGCAGCUACGGCAUUCCCUUUAUUGAGACCUCAGCCAAAACCAGACAGGGCGUUGAUGAUGCCUUUUAUACAUUAGUGCGAGAAAUCCGAAAGCAUAAGGAGAAGAUGAGCAAGGAGGGCAAAAAGAAGAAAAAGAAGUCCAAGACAAAGUGUACACUUAUGUGAAUAAUCACCCCUUUUCAAGACAGACUAAAAGAAAAAAAAAGAACUAUGUUGAACAGUUAAAGUAAUACAUUUUGUACAUUACACUAAAUUAUUAGCCUCUUUCUCAAUACCCACCAUAGUGAAUACUAAACCUGACCUGAAUUUUCUGCCUUUCUGUUAUUUGCUACUUUGACACCAAUAAGCUUUAUUUUCUGUCUAGUGCCAGUUGCCCACAUGCAUUUGUCCAAUGUGAUUUGAUAGGAUGAUGAUGUUGAUUUGGAUAAUUUUCUAUAACUGCAGAGUUGUGAGGUGAUUACAUCACAACUCGUGCUGAUAAAUUAUUCAUUAACAAGUUUUUCUUCCCCCCACUUUGCUUAAAAGGUCAUGUCCUGCAAAAGAUCUGUAAUGGCCUUUUUGAGUAUGGGAUGCCAAAGAAUUUUCCCCCAGAUUUCUUGUGAAGAGUACAGAUACAACGAAAGGAUCAACAUUCAGCCAGAUGAGAUGCAAAUGUCCCUGCCACUGUGUAAUAUCCUCACCAUCUCUAAUGACCUCUGGGUAUGACUUAGUUAUGCCACUGAUACAAGUAUGCAUGCAAACUCCUACUCUUCUCCAAAUGUUAACACCCUAAUUAGCUAUUAAUUCAUUUGUCAGUGCUUCGUACUGUGUGGGGAGUGAUUUCUUGCCUACAUGACAUUUGUUUUUUUGUUUGUUUUUGUUUUGUUCUUUCUGCAUGCGUUGUGUCCUUGUUGACAUGGGUAUUGCAAACUGCCUCUGGCUGAUACAUUUAACAGAGGCAGCAGCUGGGAGCUCUCAACUAAGUGGACAUCAUCCAGUCUAUUUUUCACAGUUCAUGUAGAGUAAGCUGCACUUGCUUUUGUGAGGAAAGGAAAAAAAAAACUCUUCAACCCUUUCUUGAUUAAUGACGCAUUCAGAGAUACAGAUUUUUUUUUUUUCCCCGUUUUGCGAUAAUAAAACGGGACUAGCAGCCAGUUUUUGUGUUGGCAUUUUUAUGUUGCAAGGAUUAAAUUUCUCAGUCGUAUGUCAGACAGCUUGUUUGACAUUCCUGGUCACGUUUCCUUCACUGCAGGAUUUGUUUUCAGCCAUCCUGGCAAUAAUCAUUUCAUUCCUUUUUGUUACAAAUCAGAGUUCUCCUGUCAACAUCCUCCUGAUUGAGGUGUUCACGUGUAAGCAGUAUGAGGACCCUUAAUCAGAUCAUUAUUCAGUGUUUGUUUUAAAUCUGAGGGUUUGUGAUGCUCCAGUAGCUGGCCGUAGACGUGUCACCCCUUUGCACAUUUUCCUAAGCUGUUGAUUCGUUUGCUUGUGACUGGCUUGAAGGCAGAGUGCAUCUUUUAAGCGUGGUGUGGUGUCACAGAGGUUGUUCAAAACAUUGUCCAAAUGGAUUUUCGGAUUCUUCCUCUUUAUGGAGCUUUUGAAAGAGGUUUUCGGAUUAAUUUACUUAAAUAUUGUUUGGUGGGCUGCCUUUUCAAUGAUUGCCCAGCAGAAUAAUUUGCCAUCUUCCCUCUUAAAGCUUGUCUAUCGUGGUGAUGUAACUGGAACUGAUGUUUGUAAAUGAGGCAAUAAUUUGCCAGAAAAUUGGUUUUAGAGAAAAUUGUCUGAAUUUAUAUUAAAAAGACCUAGUUUCUGUCCCAGGUUGGCCCAUAUUUCACCUUUUCCAUUGUACUGACAAGCUGUUCCCCUGAAGAUUUUUAUUUGCCUUUUCAUGUUUGCAUUAGGUGCUACAUUUAGAUGGUAGAAAGAGCCGAGACAACAUUUACUUUGUCCUGUGUGUGCUCCAGAAAUACACAAAAUGCUGUUUUAGGGGAGCGACAUUAAUGACAGAAAAUUCAGACAUGAUACAUUUUGAUUUCAGGAUUGAUGAAUUUUGACCCAGUUUAUUAUUACCUCUUUUUUUCAUGAAGUAGAUAAUAACUGUUAAUGCAAUUUUAAUUAUGGAACCCUCUUGUUAACAAUAAUGUCUCGAAAGUAGUUUUUUUCUGAAAUGUUCCUCUUACUUUAUUGUGUGCCAACAGCUGAUUUCUGAAAUGUAUCAUUUAUACCUGGAUCAUAUUUUAACAACCUUUGUAUAGUUGUGAUACUGAAAGGUGCAUAUUUUGUAAAUUGUGCUUCAUUUCGUUGGUGUGUCUUAAUGAAUGUUGCUUUAAUGGAGUUUCACUCCGCUCUGUGUAUGUGACUAGAGAGUGUGACUGGGUCCAGGUCUAGGGAAGUGAAUGAAUGACCACUUUACAACACACCUGUUGUGGGCAGUGUAGAGUGGUGAUCUGAUCUCAGAUGAGUCUAUUUUUUGCCAUGAAUCUCACCACUCCUAUUUAAUGUGUAAUAAAGAACAAAGUAAAGAGGAA